AUGAAAGACUUUAAAUAUGAGAGUUAUCUAACCUACACUUAUAAUAGACCAAUAAAGGAAAUGAAGAGAAUUUUAGAAUUAGAAAAUUUCCAAACAUGGGACUUUAAUCAAUAAUAGAAAAUAGUUAAGUAUACUAUCAAUAACUCAAUUUCAAUUAAAUUAAGUUAUUUACUUCUAUUCAUUGAAGCCGAUUUCUUAAGAUUUUCACUUGCAUAAAUUAUUUAAUUAGGAAUCAAUAUUUAUAAUAAGUAUAAAUAACUUGAAAAUAACUAAAUUUAACAUAAAUAUUUAAGUUCUGAUCGAAUAUAUUUACAAUUUGAAAAUGAAUCAUAAGCUAUGAGUAUAUUGCCAUAAGAAUUAAGGUAUUCAAUACAUUUUACAGGUUAUGACUGUCCUUUUUAUGAAUUGGAAAAUUAAGACUCUGUUUAGAAAAGCGAUGAAUAAUCAGUUAAAGAAAUAAUUACACAUAUUCUAUAAGUUGCCAAAAAUAAGUUUAAAGAAAAAUAUAAAAAAAUGCUUUAAAAGUAGAAUGGUACUGAGAGGUUUUAAUAAAUCCUUUAGGCCGAAGAAGAAAUUUAUUAGAAGAUAUAUAAUGAGGGAAUAUGCAUAUCGCUUGAGCAGUUCAUUAAUAAAUCCAAUGAUAUAUUUACGUUAUUUGACAAUUCAAACAAUUAACGAUAACUAUUAAUAGGUAUCGACUUAAGAUUUGAUGAAAAAAUAUUUUGGAGAAAGUUUAGAUCAAAACAAGUAAGUUAGAAUAUUGUAAAUAUUGUACAAUCUACUUAUUCAAGUCUAAAAUGGAUCAGAGUUGAAUAGCUUUUAAUCGAAACCAUUCCACUAAUAAUGAGAGAAGUGAAAGAAUCUUAUAUUUACUCAGAUUAAAUUCAAGCUCAAAAUAGACAAUUUAUAAAUCUUUAACUUAUAAUUGGAUGCAUGGAUAUGGAAGAUAUUAAUAUUCAAAUAGACAAAUUGUUGAAAAAAGCUUAAAUAACAUAUAAAUUCGAUAUAGAUAAAUAGAUAAUUUUCUAAAAAACUAUCUCAUCACUACCCGAUAGAUUAAACAUUUUGAAUUACUUUUAUAAUAAUAUUAACUUUUAAAUAGAAAAUAACCAAAAGCUAAUUAAACUAAUUGAUAACUUAAAAUAAAAACUAUUAAAUUAAAUAGUAGAAGAAAAUAUCAAAGAAUAAAUCGACUUAAACAUCAUUUAGUUGUUAGAAGAAAUGUUUUGA